GUGCAGGUGACAGGAACUGGGACAACCCGUGAAAAUAUUACGCUGAAUGAGAAAGUCUUGGCUGGUUCUCUGAAGCACCUUGGUACACGGCCUUCGGUGCAGACAUUUAUGCUGCACAUUAAGUCCCUGUACGACUUGAUGGAGAUCCAAAUUCCUGGAGCCAUGGUUUACAGCCAGGCAUGGAGUAUGCGUCGCAUGACAUCCCUUUUCAACUUGAUCGUGCGUCGUGGGCAUGUCCCACGUGAAGCUUCGAUAAGACGCCUCAUGGAGGGAGUGGGGUUGGUGGUGACCUCCAAUAGUGAUGUUGACUGCGAUGCUCUUGCCGAUGCUGAAGCUGAUGGUGAUGGCGAUGAUUUCUCUGAUUCGGCAUGCGAGGGAGGUGAGUCCGAGAACGACCGCACUGAUGAUGAAGAACUGGAAGGUAUCUAA